AUGAGCAUUGAUGAAGAAGAAAGUAAACCUUUAGUGGGUAUUAUUUAUCCUCCUCCAGAUAUAAGAAAUAUUGUUGAUAAAACUGCUACAUUUGUUGCUAGAAAUGGCAUACAGUUUGAAGAACGUAUAAGAGAAAAUGAAAAACAUAAUACAAAAUUCAGUUUUUUAAAUCCAAAUGAUCCAUAUCAUGCAUACUACCAGUAUAAAAUUACAGAAACAAAAGAAGGAAAAACACCAAAGAAACCUGAUUUAAAAGAAUCAAAAGUUGAAGUAAAGGAUCAAGCACCUCCACCAAAAGCUCCUCCAAAGGAACCACCACCUUUUGAAUUUACGACCGAUAUGCCUGCUAUAUCAGCACAGGAUCUUGAUAUUUUGAAAUUAACAGCUCAAUUUGUUGCUCGUAAUGGAAGACAAUUCAUGACUGCACUUUCUCAACGAGAACAACGAAAUUAUCAAUUUGAUUUUUUGAGACCGAAUCAUAGCUUGUUCAAUUAUUUUACAAAAUUAGUAGAACAAUACACCAAAGUUUUAAUUCCACCAAAAAAUUUAAAUGAAAAAUUAAAAACUAAUGUGGUUAACAAAUAUCAAAUAUUAGAUAGAGUCAUGCAACCUGCAUAUGCCUCGAUUGAUUGGCAUGAUUUUGUUAUUGUAGAAACUGUUGAAUUCACAGAAGCGGAUGAAACAAUUGAUCUUCCACCCCCUAUGAGUAUCAUGGAAUUGGAAAACAUGACACUGGCUCAAAAAAAGAUGGCAUCUGUUGCCAUGAUAGAAAGUCAAGAUGAUAAAGUUGAUGAACAAGAUGCUUCAAUGGAAGAGGAAUCACAAGAAGUUGAUCAACCUGCUCUAAUAACAGAAAUCAAACCAAUAGAAACACCUGGACCUAUGAAAAUUAUUAAAGAUUACGUACCAAAAGCGUAUGCACUUAAGAACAGUACUACUGAAAAACCUACACAAAUAUGUCCACGCUGUAAUCAAGCCAUUCCUGUUGAUGAAAUGGAUGACCAUGUUCGUAUUGAAUUAUUAGAUCCAAAAUGGAAAGAACAAAAAAUGGCUGCAGAAGCAAAAAAAAAGGAAUCGAAUUUGUUACAAGAAGGAACCGACGUUGCAAAAAAUCUCAAGGUAUUUUCUGGAUAUCGUUCAGAUAUUUUCGGUACUGAAGAAACAGAAAUUGGCAGAAAGAAAGAAAAGGUUGUUUGGGAUGGUCACACUGCAUCAAUUAACAUGGCUACACAACGUGCUGCUGCCGGUGUAUCUAUUGACGAACAAAUUGCAGCAAUUCAUAGAACUACAUCUUCACCAAAUGUACCUAUUUCGCCUGUACAGCAAACAAACAAACCUACUCGACCUGCUGAAGAAGAUGUGGACUCUACACCUCCUCCUAUAUUAAAGCGUCAAAAAAUAGAUAAUGGUGCUUCCAUAGCACCUAUUCUUGUAUCUGAAGAAGAAUGGUUAGCCACUCAUCAGGUAUCUAUUAAUAUACAAGUUCAAUGUCCAACUAUUCCUGAAAAACCAGAAUGGAAUUGUCAAGGUCAAGUUAUUGUUCUUGAGGGUCUUCAAUUGAAUACAUUGGUUUCAACGUUAAAAGAUAAGAUAGCUUCACAGUUAAAUUUUCCAGCUGGAAAACAAAAGCUUACACUUGGAGGCGCAGUUAUGAAAAAUCAAGUUUCAUUGGCUUACUAUAAUUUAGAAGAUAAUAUAAUGAUUGGGUUGGCAAUCAAAGAUCGUGGAAAAAAAUAA